AUGAGGCUCGAAGCUGUGAUGGACGUCCAGUGGGAGGCCCGCAUCCAGGCGAGCCACGGCGUGGCGGGCGGCGCGGCGCUGCUCACGUGCUCGGUGCCGCCGCCGGUGCGCGCCCACGUCACCGUCACCAGGUGGUUCAAGGACGGCGCCGUGCUGGCUCCCAUCGCCGCGGAGGCAGUUGGGCAGCAUAUUAUCGGAGGCAGUCGAGGGGAUAUCCUGGUUAUCCGGGACGCGAGGCCCGACGACCCCAGCACGUACUCCUGCGAGGUGCAGCACUCCCUGACCGGGGAGAAGAGGAGAAGUCCACCAGCCAUGGUUUCUGUUUCACAUUCAACAGGGAGCAUGGCUCCCCGAAUCCUGGCCAUAUCUGAAGACGAAGUGGUUCCGCAAGGAGGUGACAUUCGGCUCGUUUGUUGUGCCAUCGGGAGUCCUCCUCCAACAUACAGCUGGUUUCGUCACAACAACGGUCGCCUCAGCCCCGUAUCCAACAGCGUGCGCGUGUCGGUAUCAGACCAGGUGCUGAUCGUGCGGCGCGCUCAGGCGGCCGACGCCGGCGUGUGGACGUGCCGCGCGCACAACCAGUUCGGCGAGCAGCGCCGCGACGCGCGCCUCGCCGUGCGCUCGCGGCUCGUCGUCACCGUGCAGCCGCAGCUACAGGUGGCCAACUCGGGCAGCUCGGUGUCGUUCAACUGCUCCGUCCAAGGCGGGGACGCGCGCGUGCGCUGGCUGCACGACGGCGUGCCCGUGGCGGGCGGCGAGCGCGUGCUGCGCGUGCACGGCGUGGUGCGCGCGCAUCGCGGCAUGUACCAGUGCUUCGCCGAGCGCGACCUCGACAGCGCGCAGGCCGCCGCCGAGCUGAGGCUGGGAGAUACAGCACCAGAGCUGCACUACACGUUCAUAGAGCAAGCGCUGCACCCGGGCCCGGCGCUGGCAAUGCACUGCGCCGCGUCCGGGUCUCCCCCUCCCAGGUUCACGUGGCUACUGGACGGACAGCCGGUUGAGGAACACAACACUCCCCAAAGAAGCGUAAGCCAGUUCAUGAAUUCCAACGGCGACGUGGUGAGCUACCUGAACAUCACGUCGGUGCGGCCCGAGGACGGCGGCCGCUACUCCUGCCGCGCGCACAACUCGCGCGGUUCCGUCGAACACUCGACCAGGCUCAAUGUCUAUGGUCCACCGUCUAUCAGAAACGUGGGGCCGAUACGAGUAGUGGCGGGCGUCAACACGACCAUCCACUGCCCAUACUCUGGAUUUCCAAUCAGCGAGAUCCGUUGGCAGCGAGGGGGUCUGGAGCUGGGCUCGGCGGGCGGGCGCGCGCUGUCGGGGCUGGGCGGCGAGCUGCUGCUGUGGCCGGCCGAGCCGGGCGACGCCGGGCUCUACUCGUGCCGCGUGGCCGCGCCCUCCGGCCAGUACGCACAGAAGGAUAUACAGAUCUUUGUUAGAAAUCCGCCGAAAAUAGCCGGUUUUUCAUUUCCAACGGACUUGGUUGAGGGCAGUUCAGUGCAAGUGCUUUGUGGCAUCACCUCCGGAGACAAGCCAGUUUAUUUCUCUUGGCUCAAAGACGGACAACACAUCCCGAGCAGUCUACAGGUGCAAGAAAAAUCAUUGGAUGAAUUUAGUUUCCUGAUAUUUUCCCACGUGACGUCAAAACACAGUGGGGAAUACACGUGUGUAGCCACCAACUCCGCCGCUGAAGUCAACCACACUGCCAGGUUAGCAGUUAAAGUGGCACCUACGUGGGUAUACGAGCCUCAAGACGUGUCAGCUCUCCUGGGCACACAGAUAUUGGCCAACUGUGCAACCAAAGGUUAUCCUGAACCUAGGAUUGCGUGGCUGAAGGCGCACGGGUCGGGGCCAGGCGACUUCCGGCCGGUGUCGACGCUGGAGCUGCAGUUCUCGGUGCUGGCCAACGGGUCGCUGCGCAUCGCGCCGGCCGCGCCGCCGCACGCCGGCCGCUACAUGUGCCGCGCCGACAACGGCAUCGGCCGCGGCCUGUCGAAGGUUAUCACCGUUUCUGUUAACGAGCCGGCGCACUUCGAGUACUCGUCGCGCAACAUGACGGUGCGGCGCACGGCGCAGGCGGCGCUGGCGUGCGACGCGCGCGGCGACCCGCCGCUGCAGCUGCAGUGGACGCACAACAUGAAGCGCCUCGACCUCACCACCUACCGUGUGUCAGUCACAGAAAAGCGGUCAGACAACGGCGUGAGCUCGCAGCUGAACAUCGCGCACGCCGAGCGGCACGACUCGGGCGUGUACCGCUGUCGCGCCGAGAACGCCUACGGCAGGGACGAGCUGCUCAUUUACUUGGCUGUGCAAGAAUUCCCCGAAGCUCCCCGCGGGUUGCACGUGGUCCGCCGCGAAGGUCGAGGCGCCACCGUCUCGUGGCGGCGCGGCUACGACGGCAACGCGCGCGUGCGCUCCUACCGCCUGCAGUACCGCGUGGUCGGCGAGCGCGAGCCAGACCGCGCCGACUGGGCCGACGCGCCCACCAGGGACGUGCCCGCCGAUAGAGUGCUUGAAAGGAAUCCACAGAGCCUGAGUCGGAGAUCACGUUAGAGUACAGAGUGGAAGGCCUGAGGCCGGCCACUGCCUACGCCUUGCGGCUCGCCGCUGUCAACGCCAUCGGGGACAGCGACUACUCUGACUCCG